AUGGUUAGUUAUUUGAGACCAGGACAGACUACUACUGAUGGUAUUACCGUUGAUAAAUCAAUGUUUGAAGCUUACACUCAACUUCGUCAGAUUGCUCACGACCAUCAGGUCGAGGAUAAACUUAAAAUUCCUCAACUCGUUAUCGUCGGUGAGACGAGUUCGGGCAAAUCAAUGCUGGUUCAAAAUUUUCUUCGAUUUCCUUGUUCCUUUUCACAAGCGAAUAUUGCCACCCGCUGUCCAGUGGCCUAUUGUCUCCGAUAUAAUCCUCAGCUACGAAAUGGUGAAAUUCGCUUUUUACAGCCAGCUGGCCUAUCCCCUAAAGCUCUUGGUGCUCAUUUACAGGAGCUCAUGGGUCAAAUUCAAGUGUCGCACCGAGCUACUGGUGGCUUUCGUUUGGAACCAUACAUUGUCGAAAUUGAAGGUAAUGAAUAUACAGAUUUCGAAAUACUCGAUGUGCCGGGUUUAAUCGGCGGCAGUGACAAUCCGGAACAUCGGGCAGCCGUUGAGAAAAUAACCGAACACUAUGUUCGAAAUCCCAAUUUCAUGAUUGUUCAGUUGAAAGAAGCGAGUCAGUUGAAAGCAAACAAUUACGGGGCUCGUCGUAUUCAAGAGCUGUGUACACUAGAUCCAGCUCCCUGCGGCUCACCACUACCUCCUCGGUUCGAUUAUCGUCAACAUAUGGUUACUAUUCAAACAAAAUUUGAAACUUUCAUGCAGCAGAACCAGAAUGGAACGGCUGUCAACCAGGAAAUAGAAACGUUGAGAGAAGAGUUUGGUGAAACAUAUUUCGUCAAUAUGAUAUUUGAUGGAUACACGUUUGCUGAUCAUUCGUACGAAGAAAACGUGAAUUAUAUCAGUGAGCUACCAGAGUUGGAAAAGCAUCAAGUAAACGAGUGGAUAAUUACAAAACUCAAUCGAUUAGCAAAUGAAGAUGAGUCGAGAUACCACCCGUUUAAUCAGAAAUAUCGGUCAUUGAUUGGAAUCAAUGUGGUACGAAAACAAAUUCAAGAUUUGUGGGUUAGGGCUUUCCGUAGUGCCCUUCCAAAAUUAAACGAAUCGCUACAUGAACAGCUCGAUAUCGCUAAAAGUAAAUACGAAGCGGCAUUCAACAAACUUCAACAACAAGAUCCCAUUCUUGUUCGCUCAAACUACCAGAAAUAUAUCACCGAAUUCCGUUCGACAAUUCGCUCCUAUGUUGCUUAUCGAUCUGAAAUCGAUUCAUUCUUCCCCCUUGAUUUGGCUGGAAAAACUUAUCGAGAUAUCGCUGAACGAUAUGACAAGUGGCCGAGAAAACAACCGAUUACAUGGCGAGCACAUCUUACUCUCGAUCAAUUACAAGCAAGUAAAGGUACUCAAUUAUCCUCGCUAGACCUAAAAUUGGUUGGAGCUAGACACUUUGAACGACUUCGUCAAGUUUUCUCCUACAUGAUACUGGCAUUCAAACCUCGCGAACCAACACGCGAUUGGAUCGAAUCGGUUGAAUCAUCUCUUCAUGGUGGUAACACUGACUAUGAUAAUCUCGAAAAGGCAGUGCGUGAUAUUCUGCGAACGCUUGUGCGUGAAACAUUUUUGAUUGGCAUCUGUUGGCUCACACAAAUGUUUUCGUUACUCACCGAACUGUUUGCCAAAGAUGUAAAACGCUAUCUGUUGCAAGACAAAUUUCCUUAUUUGAGAGAUCAUGUGAAAUUUCUGAGUGCAGUCGAUCUUGAAUAUCAUAAUACAGUGAGAAACUUGAUUCGUCAAGCUGUCGUCUCUAUCAAACACGCGAGAAAUGCUGAUUCGGCUUAUAUCGUACACGAUCUCGCGGCGAGAAUGAAAAAUUUGGCAUUUUCAAUACCUACCGAGGUGACACACAAAUCGUUUGGACAGAAGAUUCCCAAUCUAAUGGUAAAGGAAAACGGCGAAUACGUUGAGGCGACUAUGGCUGAUGUUGUUAAACUCGUUCCACCGCAAAAGAUUAUGACUUUAAUCAUGGGUUCAGGUUCGUUCCUGUCUGCUGAGAAUCGUGAUCAAAAUACAGCUGAGCAUCAUGCUAACGGACGAAAAGUAAUUUUCGAAAUGUAUACGGCUGUAUGUGGUCAACUUUUACAUUCCAUCACAACUAGUUUCAAUGCCAAUGUGGUGAUGAAAAUACAAGAAUAUGAUACAGUUGAAAUUGAGCGAGCUCUUAACGAUAGAAUAAAUCGAAUGUCCGACAGUCAGAUUGGGCAAAUGGCCAAUAUUCAAAUUGGCGAAAUUCAGCAGACACUGAGUAGUGCCGAGCGAGAAAUCAAUGAUCUAUGGAAAGCAAAUGAUCUAAUUGAAAUCGCUAUUAAAGAAAUGGAGGAUGGUAGAGUAUUAGCUGACGAUGAACGUCGGCAAUUGAUGGAAAAAAUGGAAAAGGCAAGGAACGCAAACAAGUUAUAUGCAAAGGUUAAACACGACGAAAUCAAACGAAAACUCGAUCGAGAACGAUCAAAACAAAAGCGAGUCAAACGGCAGUCAUCCUCAAUGUAUCACCGGCAAACGUCAGCAUCUCGAACUACAGAUGAAGAGAUUACCGACGAGAAUGAGCUAGAGUAUGACGAAGAGUUGUUUGAUGAUGAACGCGAGUUACUGGCUUUGACAGAUAAAACGACGGCCGAUGCCUUUCUCUUGGCAUUAUAUCAAAAACACGAUAAGGAAGAUUUAACAUACGGUUUCUUACAAGGUGAUUCAUUAGAAGCGGACAAGAAAAAUCCGAAAUCACAUGAUCAUCUCUAUGUUGAUGAAAACACAUUGGACUAUGAUAAUAUCAAACGAACACUUACACUAAAAAGCACACCAGCAAGACGGAUUCCUCCAACACGUAUACCAAUAGAAAAUGGUCAUGAUGGGCUCACAGAUGGCCUCAGCAUAGAUGAAGAGUUAGAAUUUAACGAGGCAAUUGAUCCAAAACUUCUCACAAGAAGAAGACAGGAACAAGGGGACUCAGUGCAAGUUGGAGGAAGUCGUUUCUACGAUUCAAGUACGUAG